CAAUAUAAUCAUUUGUUGUUGUUUCGCCGCAAGGUUCGGACGUGUGUAUUUUCCGAGGCGCACACACAUACUUCGAAGUCGUUCUACUCGUCUCGUUGUGCGUUCAUUUCUUCUUUACCAUUUUUUUUCUGUGUAAUUUUGUUUCACAUAUAAAAAACCAAAAAAGGCAAACGGACCUACACACAACUAAACCAAUACCAAUUAUCCGAAACCCUCCAAAAAAUAAAAGAAAAAAUGCCCGUGCCCAGGCAACAGCUCAGCAGAUGUGAAAUGUGACGACACGACGGGCGAAAAGAAAAAAGUGUCCGCAAUCGCGCAGUCGAGAGGGGCGAGAAAAAGAAAAACCAUUUUGCAAAAAGUAAAAAAGAGAAAAAAUAAAUAAGAAGCAACAAAAAGUGAGAGGAAUAUCGGCAGCGACGCUCACGCGUUGCGCCCCCCUCUCUUCACCUUCAUUCAAAAUAAAAGUGAAAACGUGCAAAAUAAAUAUAUACAACAAAAAGAAACAGAGAGAACAGAGACGAAGUUAAGUUACUCCAAACUAAAAAAGAAAGAAAAAAAAUGUGCGACGCUGCCGCAACAACAAUAGCGGCGGUAGGAGCAGCAACUGCUGGUGACACAGCAGCGACAACAACAAACACAUCAAUGGAUGAACAGCAAACGGAACGUCAGCGACAAAGCUGCUGUCGCCUGUGCAUUGCGCCCGCCAGCGAAUGCAUAUCGAUCAUCAAUAGUUAUGCAGCCGAUAAGGAGCCGCUGGCCACAAAAAUACAUAACUGCGUAAAUAUCAAGAUCACAUCAACGGAUCGUUUAUCGCUGCACAUUUGCCACGCCUGCAUCAGCUACUUGAACUCGUGGCAAAGCUUCAAAAAUCGCUGCCUCAGUUCACAGACGAAGCAACGCCAAUGGCUGGACACGGAUCGCAGCAAACAGCAGACGCUACUGGGCUAUUUGGAUUUAAAUCGGGCCGAGAAUGGCAACGUCUCAGUUGAGCAGCAGCAACAUCAGCAAGCUGGCGAAUUGAAAAGCGAUUCAGCUGCGGAGAAGGCGUCUGCAAACAUUUUGGAUGGCAUACCAUCGCUGAAGAAGCGCAAAUCGUUAACAGUCUAUCCGCUGCCCGCCGUGCCCAUCAAGGAUGAGCCGCUGGACGAUACGGACGAUGACUAUCAGAUGAAGUGCAUUGACGAGUCCGACGACAUGAUGGAUCCCACAAUGUUCCUAGAGCGCUCCGAGCACGAAGGCGAUGUGCCGCUAAUGACCUCCGACUAUGAUUAUACGGCGCAGCACGGCGUGACGGCGGCCGUGGCGGCGGCAUCGCUGCCAGCGAGCGCCGUGGCUAAUGUGGCAGCCGCAGGUGACUCGAAGGUGGCCAGCUGCCGGGCGUGCAGUCUGCAGUUCUCGACACGGGCAAAUGCGCGCCGGCACGAACGCAAUCUGCAUCCGAAUCUGUUCCAGCUGUCGACCGACUCGCCGAACAAUACGCCAAUCACAAAGCCAACGCCAGCGCUUGCGGCCGCACUGGAAAUCCAACGUGCCGCUGCCGCAGCGGCGGCAACGGCGGAGGCAACAAAGGCGGCAGCCGGUGGCAAUAUAUCGACGCAAAAGUAUCGCCAGGUGGUGAUGAACACGUUCAUCAAGUGCGAGAACGGUGGCUAUGACUACGACAAUCCAGAGCAGUAUCAGCAGCUGUUGACGCGCGACAAAGUGGAGUUCAUACAGGAGAACAAUGAGUUCCUCGAGCAGUACCAGACGAUGACGUGUCGCUGUUGCAACAAAUACUUUAGCACGUACAAGAACUUUAUGGCGCAUGUGCGCAAAAAGUAUCCGCUUUUGCCGCGCAAUCUGUGCUUCAACUGCCUCAAGAUGAACGAUUCGAAGGCGUUGUUCAUAUCGCAUCUGAAGAAACGCAACUGCAUCAAUUUGUAUCGUGUGCUCAAUGCGUUGCGCGUGAAGCAACCGAAUUUUGCGCAUGCCAAUGCCUCAGGUGUGGUGGCCACCACAGAGACGCCACAACUGCAGCAGCAGCAGCCACAACAACAACAGCAACAACAGUUGGUGCAUGAUACAUCGUCGUCGGAGCGACCAGAGAAACUGAGAGCCAAGGAGCUACUGGUGAAUAAGCUCUACGUGUGCAAACUGUGUCCAAAGGGUUUUCGCACCAAGCACGAGUUUCGCACCCAUGUGUAUGACAAGCAUGCGGAUGUGCAGCGCAAGGACAACAAUUCGAUACAGUGCAGCUUCUGUGGCCUCGACUUUGCCGAUCCCGUCGACCGGCGGCGUCACUACAACAACAUGGACUGCAUUGUCCGGCUGCGCUGCAUGACCUGUGAUGCCAAACUGGAGACGCAUCAGCGUUUCCUCGACCAUGUCUAUCAGGAUCAUUUGGGCGGCGUGAGCAGCGACAAUGCAUCGACAGCGACACAAUCCGGCUUGGAUCAUUCGCCCGGCAAGCGAAGUUUACUCGGCGCCCUCGGUAUUGGUGUCAGUCAAUCGUCGUCCAACGAUGAAUCCCGCGGCAGCAGCAGCACCAUCAACAACAACAACAAUGUGAAUAACAACAGCAGUCACAACAAUACGAAUGCUGCUGCUUCCUCCUUGACUUCGACGCCAGCGAAAUCCGUUUCCAAUGCAGCGGGUGGCUCCAGCUCUGCUAAUCGCAACAGCGGUGGCGGUGGCAGCAGCGCUGGCGGAGAUUCAGCGCCCAAAUCGCAGUAUUUCUCACGCAUGCCGCAAGUUUGUCCGAUCUGCGGACAACAGUACAACAACUACAACAAUGUGCUGCGUCACAUGGAGUCAAAGCAUCCCAACAAGCUGCCCGAGACGUACAAGUGUGUGCGCUGCGGUCUGGGCUAUCCACGCAUCUCGUAUCUGCGCGAGCACAUGAUCAAUGUGCAUGGCGUGGACAAGAAUCGUCAUUCCGGCGGCUUUGAGUACAUCGUAAAUGCGGAUGCCGUCAAGUUGGCCGAUGGCAGCACACCGAAUGUGUAUACGGGACGCUACGAUUAUGUGAUGAAGGAUUUGAUGUCCAUAACAAAUGGUGGGACACUCGAUGAUGACGAGGAGGAAACCGGAAGUCUGGCCAAGAAGAUACGUCUCGAUGACAGCAGCAACAACAGCAGCAUCAACACAAGCAUUGCCAACCAGCAGAAGGAGUGCCCCAUCUGCAAUGCGGUGUUCAGCAACAAUAUUGGCCUCUCGAAUCACAUGCGUUCGCAUUACACCGCCUCCUCGACGGCGACAAAUGCAGCGUUGGCUGCCGCCAAUCGCAUGACACCCAAAUCGCUGACGAUAACAGCAACGCCACCGUUGGAAGCAACAGCCGCUGCAAGCACCACCGCAUCGCCAGCAGCAGUAGCUACAAGUGGAGCAGGUGCAACAUCGACGCCAACCGGGGGCAAAGUGCCACCGGCGAUGGUGCAUCAGACGCCGCAGGAACAGGCCGUGUUUCGUCGCAGUUUAGAUCAGGCGGCCGAUCGUCGCUUUCGCCGGAUGCGUUGUCGCAUCUGUCAGCGGCGCUUCAGCUCAAAGAAAUCGUAUCGCUAUCACAUGCUGACCGAUCAUCAGGUGCAAAAUGUGCAGUUCAUCAAGUGCAAGCUGUGCAACGCCGAAUUCGCCUACGAGAAGGGACUGAAGGUGCAUCUGUUUAAGGUGCACGGACGUGCGAUCAAGGAUGAGAUGAUUGUCAAGGAAUUCGAAUGCAAUGUCUGCUCCACCGUUUACAGUUCGGAGCUGGAGCUGCAGCAGCACAAACGUAGCGUCCACAAGUCAUCGACUUCGUCCACGAACACAACGAAAUCGUCGACAACAACAGCCACAACCAUCACAGCGCUGAACACAUCAAAUUCAGCGUCGGCUGUCGAUUUGGGUGCGGCAGACACAUCGACGGUGCUGCCGCUGUAUUGGUAUCAAUGCAAGUACUGUCCAUCCAAUUUCAAUACCAACAAGAAGCUGGCAAUUCACAUCAAUUCGCACGACGAGUUCGACUCGAAUGAUUAUUCGUGCAAGGACUGCGGCAAUGUGUACAGCGGUCGCAAGAGCCUCUGGGUUCAUCGCUACAAGAAGCAUCCGCAGGUGCCGGAUCCCGUGGAGUGCACGCUGUGUCGCAAGAUGUUCUUUGAUCGUCAGAUGCUGGACAAUCACACGCCCACCUGCAAUCGCAAACCCAUCACGGCAACCGGCGCCCAUCAGCAGGAUGGCCAACAGCAGCAGCACAGAGAACAACAGCAACAGCAACGCGGCAUCUUUAAGCACAAAACGGGCGACGACGAUGACGAGGAUGAGGACGAUGAUCAGCUGCUGUUGCUCGACGAUGCUCCUGGCACGCCAGCAACAGCAGCCGCAGCAGCAACAUCAGCUGCAACAGCAGCCGGCGAUGGCAAUGCUACAUCGAUGGCGGGCAUCAAGAUACGCAUACCGGAGGUGGCAUGCACCAUUUGUGGGGCACGCUUCACAGACCAGGAGAUGUUCAGCAAGCACAUACAGAAGCACGAACAGGAAUUGUACGUCGACAAUCCGUUGGCGGCAAUGUUCGACGAUGGUCCCGCCGAUGCGGGACAAUUUCAGGUGGAGCGUCAGAACGAGAACGGGGAAUACGCGUGCGAUUUGUGCGCCAAGACGUUCCCCCAGGUGAUUGCGCUCAAGGUGCAUCGCAAGUGGCAUUUCAGAGGUGAUAGCAAGCAGAAUCCCAUCAUCGACGGCGAAGCGACAACGCUGAACAACAGCAGCAGCAGCAACAACAACAACUCCUCGACGUUGCAUCUACGCGAACUGCAUGCGGUGGGUCUGAUGCCCAACCAGCAGCAGCAACAACAGAAGCAACAGCAGCAGCAACAAUCGCAGUCCCAACAGCAACACCAACAAUCGUCGAGCCAACAGCAGAGGAGCAAAUCGUUGAAACGCAAACGUGAAUUGAAGUGUGAAUAUUGCGCCUCCACCUUCAUUAGCAACAACAAUCUGCGUCGCCACAUGUACGAGCUGCACAAACACGAAGUGAGCAAUCUGCCCGAGCCACCAGUAAUCGAAGUGGACGCACCGUUGAGUUGCCGACGCUGCGGUGAUCUGCAAUUCGAGACGAAGGAGGCGUGGAUCGAGCAUAAGUUGGCCGAUGCGAAGGUCGUGCGUCCAUUCUGUCCAUUCCAGUGGGGCUGUGAUCUGUGUGGCGAGUAUUUGUCGCGUAAGGAGAAGCUCAUCAAUCACAUCAACAACCAUCUCAAGGAGGAGGUGGUUGUCCCUGUUGCGGUGGCCGCCAGCCAGAAACUAGCGACUGCAGCAGCAGCCACUGCGAAAGCAGCAACAGCAACAGAAGAAGCUACGGCGGCAACAACAACACCAGCAGCAGCAGCAACCACAAAGGCAGCAACAACAGUUGCAGCGGCAACUGAAGCGGCGACAGUUAAAUUGAAGGUGAAGAGCGAGACAACGAGAAGAGAGCUGGAAGGUGGCAAGCAGGCGGCAGAAGGGGGAAGGUGGUGGGGAGGAGGAUAGUGAGCUCGAGGAUGACAGCGAUGAUAGCGACGAUGAUGAUGAUGAUGAUGAUAGCACGAGUGACGAUGACGAUGAGGAUGAUGAUGAUGUUGACGACGAAGAAGAAGACGAUGUGGUUGAAGUCGAGCAACAAC